GGUGCCUCGUGCCCCGGGGGUGCGAUUCGCAGUCCUGCCCAACGCUUCUGGAGCUUCAGCUCUAAUGGCUCGCGGCUCACCCACACGGGGGCACGGCAAGGGGAACGGACAGCCACGUUUAUUCUCAGAUACCUUACGAUGGAUAUACAGAAGUGUAGAGGGGAAUCGCCGUGAUGGACUACUUCCUUUUUUGCUUUAUGUGGCACGAGGAAACAAGGUUUUUACCAUUCUGAGGGCAGUCAUGGUUUUAGUUCACGUCUGUGAAUUGAUUGGCGUUCUCUGCACGCAGGAAGACUUAGGACAGAUCCUCCGUCCUGCAGUGCAUUUUUGCGGGCAGUUUACGUGUUUCGUGGGAAUGGUGUUCCUCACCUAUCGAAGGCAACCCUUAGGUGGAGCUUUAAAGAUCCUUUUGCGAGUCACUGAACAGCUGGAAAGAAGUCCUUCUGUUAAACUCAAGAUUCUACUCAAGGAAUCUCAGGCAAUAAGACGCAUUUUUAUUUGGUACUGCAAUUUCGGACUUUUGGACGAAGUAUCUGUCGUGCUGGACGUGAUCCUUGAACCAGAUCCAUGGUUUUCGCACCAGCUCCAAAGGCUUUACCCUGGACUCCCAGCUGCCUUUUAUCUUCCUCUGAAGUGUUUUAACGCCACUGUGAUCAUAAUGGGAAUAUCUGCUCUCUUCAGCACUAUCUUCCUGUCGGUCGUAGUUUACCGAAGUACCGGUGCAAUUCUUUGUGCCCUCGGGCAUGAAUUUAGCGAGUGUGUCGACAUGAAAGAUGCUCGGCGUCUAGCGCGACUGCAGAGUGAAGUAAUAAAUGCGUGCCACCUGAGCAACCGCAAGAUGACGGAGGGUAUCCACCUCUCCUUUUUGACCAGCAUGUUCCUGAUGUCGCUGUGGAGCGCGGCUAACAUAAUUCGAGACCCAGAAACCGUCGACUCGCUCUCGCUGGCGGCAAUGUCGAGCGUGUGGUUCUUCCUAUUACCACUGUGCUAUGCGGGUCAGGACCAAGAAGAUGGCUGGCAGUGCUUACGUGAAGAGGUUUACGCCGGUCCGUGGCUGCAUGAGGUCCCCACCGUGCGUCGGAUGCGGCAGAUGGUCGUGCUCGGGACGAGGGCCUGCCCGUCUGUGCUGCUAUUUGGCUCCAGAGCACUAAAUAGACACGCUUGUGGAGCAGCGCUUAGCGCUUGGUUCAAAUAUGUGAACGCUUUGCUAAAUAUUACUGGACGGUAACCAAAAUAAAUUUAAUGAAACGUUAAA